UACAACGCAUAUCUUCUUCAGUCUUCUUCUUCAACGGUACCAAAUUUCUCCACCUAACACGCUCCCAUUUGUCACCGUUCAAUCACCGGAAAAUUCGCCGGAACCAUUCAAAAAGCUCAUCGUUGAUCUGUUUUCACCUUAUCUAUAUACUAAGCUUCCGAUCAUCCAUUUCCUCUUCGGUUCUUAUUCCUCCGUUAAUAAGAAUCCGCUCGUUGUUCUCUGCCUUUGAAUUUCUCUAUUUAACUUUAUUUCUAAUUUUUUUCCCCAAAAUCCAAUUUCUGAAACCCUAAUUUCCGAUUUCCCAAAGCUUCUAGCUCGCUUUUCUAUGGCCCAUUUCAAGUAAAUUCAUAUAUGGGCCUAUUAUGAAUCUCUAGGGCUUUGGGAAGUUUUAAUUUGGUUUUGUUCUUUUUUUUUAAUUUGUACAGUUUCGAUCUGUGAAGAGGAACACAGAUUGUAUGUAAAGAUGGGUUUGUGAAAAUCUUGGUAAACUAUCUUUUGUUUUUAGGGGUUUAUACUUUUCAGGUUGAUUUGAUUUUUUUUGGAAUUUAGGGUUUGAAAAUUUUGGAUUAGUGGAAAGAUGUCUUCAGCUGGGGUGAUUGCGAUUAGUCCUAUGUGCAAAGAAUCUAUGAUGAUUCCUGCGGAUUUCCAUAGCCAAGAAUCAAUUUUGAUAUACGUGGCUAUGUCAGGGUCAAUGGUACCAAUGAGGGUUUUGGAAUAUGAUUCAAUUGACUCUGUGAAGCUUCAGAUUCAAACCUGCAAAGGGUUUGUUGUGAAAAAUCAAAAAUUGGUGUGUGGGGGCCGAGAAUUGGCCAGAAGCAAUUCCCUCAUUCGGGAUUAUGGAGUUGGUGAUGGAAAUGUUCUCCAUUUGGUCCUUAGGUUAUCAGAUCUUCAGGUCAUCAAUGUGAAAACUUCUUCUGGUGAAGAGUUUACCUUUAAUGUGGAUAAGAGCAGGGAUGUCGGAUAUGUGAAGCGUCAGAUUGCUAAGAAAAAGAAGGGUGCUUUAGGAGAUAUUGAUGAGCAAGAAGUGCUCUGCAAUGGUGAAAGACUUGAAGAUCAGAGGCUUAUACAUGAUAUCUGCAAGAACAAUGAUGCUGUGAUUCAUUUGUUUGUGAGAAAAUCUGCAAAGAUUAGAGCAAGACCGGUGGAGAGGAAUUUUGAGCUGUCUAUUGUGGCACCACAACUGAAUGAUGACAAGGUUACGGAGAGCAAUAGUGGGAAUGAAAUACUAGACAAUAAGCUUUCGGUCCCUAGGGAGCCUCCUGAUAGGGCGAGUAUUUUGGAACCUAUCAUUGUUAACCCAAAGAUUGAAGUGCCUUUGGUGAUUAGUGAUUUGAUUGGCUCUACACUUGAAGGGUUAGAUAGAGGACAUUAUCCUAUUAGAUCCUCUGAAGGCACAGGAGGAGCCUACUUUAUGCUUGAUGCAGCAGGGAGUAAGUAUGUUUCGGUGUUUAAACCAAUUGAUGAGGAGCCUAUGGCUGUGAAUAACCCGCGAGGGCUGCCUUUAUCAGUUAAUGGCGAGGGCUUGAAGAAAGGAACAAGAGUUGGAGAAGGUGCUUUGAGGGAAUGUGCUGCUUACCUUUUGGAUCACCCAAAAAGCGGUAGGCGUUCAUUUUCUGGUGAGGCACUGGGCUUUGCUGGUGUUCCACCAACUCUCUUUGUGAGGUGUCUCCACAGCGGAUUCAAUCACCCAGAUGGUAUCACCCCUAAGAUUGGCUCCUUGCAAAAGUUCAUUGAGAACAAAGGAAGUUGUGAGGAUAUGGGUCCCAGUGCUUUUCCUGUAGGGGAAGUGCAUAAGAUUGCAGUGCUUGAUAUGAGGAUGGCGAAUGCAGAUAGGCAUGCAGGGAAUAUUUUAAUGAGCAAAGGCGAAGAUGGGCAGAUUGUCCUCAUUCCAAUUGAUCAUGGUUACUGCUUGCCUGACAGUUUUGAAGAUGUCACUUUUGACUGGCUGUAUUGGCCACAAGCUCGUCAGCCUUUUAGCUCCGAAACCAUUGAGUACAUAAAAUCACUUGAUGCGGAAGAAGACAUUGCCUUGUUGAAGUUUUACGGGUGGGACAUGCCUUUGGAAAGUGCCCGCACACUCCGCAUCUCUACUAUGCUUUUGAAGAAAGGUGCAGAGAGGGGCCUCACGCCAUUUACCAUAGGGAACAUCAUGUGCCGCGAGACCUUGAACAAGGAAUCUGUGAUUGAGGAGAUUGUUCAAGAAGCACUGGACUCUGUGCUUCCUGGCUCAAGUGAAGAUGCAUUCCUUGAGACCAUCUCACAUAUAAUGGAUCAACGCCUUGAUGAGAUUUCCUAUUGAUAUUUCACUGAAGAAUUGGUAUAUAGGUGUACAUAGGAGAGUCUGCGGACAUCUAUUGUCUGCAUGCAUCAACUUCAAGAGAAUAUCCUGAUUUCAUUGCUUUCAAUUUGUUUUCGCAGUUAACUGGAAAUGACCUAGCUAGGUUGUGACCAAGUUCUUUAUCUCGGUGUCAAUUCUCAAACUACUGUAAAGUUUGUUCAUCUUUUUUUAUGCUGGAUUAAGUCGAAGACACAAUAUCCUUUUCCUCAUAAUAGUUUCGUUCUUGUAUACUUAUUAAAUAUGUUUGCAGGAGCCAAGGCUGUUGACAUUGUUGCUAGUUUUAGCCCUUUUGGGUGGUACAUAACUCAAGUAAUGAACAAAGCUAAGAUCUCAACAGAUCUGUUUUAUUGUA